AUGGUGGACUUGGCGACAGCAGCGUGCUCAAAACUCCGUCCCAAACACUUUGGAAAAUACUUACCAUCUCAACGUGGUAUUAGAUACAGAUUACCGGGGGACAAUCACAGAUAAUACAUUGUCAAAACAGCUGAGCAAAGUGACUUUUUCGCCGACGGACAACUAUUUAUUCCACAAGUGAAGAAAGCAGAGAGUUGCUGAGCGUGUUGGCGGUGGCUCCUCGGAAACGACGCUAGCCAACGUUAGCCAAAGUGUCAACAAAAGUGCGAGAGGAGGUGUAAUUUUGGGAGCUUUUUACCCAGCUGUCAGGAAAAACCGCGGAGACUCUCCAGCUGUCUGCUGCUGCCUUCUCCACAUCAACUGUCAAAUCUGUGAGGAGCGGAGUUGACAGUUUGACUGAAAGCAGGCUAACUUUAGCUAGCAAACAACAGCUAGCUGUGUUGUGAACUGUGGAUCAAAGCGACACUCGAAAUGCCACGGAGUAAAAAGGGGAAACGUGGCUCCGGCAAGCCGGGCUCUCUUCGUCAGGAGGUUCUUCAGCUGCAGCUGUCGUCUAAAGCCUCGCUGAAAGGGAUGAGAAAUGGGGUGAAGGGUGAGUCGGGUGCCAGCGAUGAUGAGCUGACAUCUGAUGUUCUCAGUCACUGCAGCAGUGUCAGUGAAAGCACCUCUGUGCUGGAAGAUGGCACAGGAGGGGAGCAGGUGGAUGAGCAGACUGCCCAGGAGGAAACAGAAGACAAACUCAAGCAGUGCAUAGACAACCUGAUGGAUAAGAGCACCAAGACACGUCUAGCAGGUCUGGAGUCAUUACGACUGGCCUUCUCCUCCAGAGUGCUGUACGACUUUCUGACAGAGAGACGCCUCACCAUCAGCGACUGCCUGGAAAGGAGCCUUAAAAAGGGCAGCGUGGAAGAGCAGGCAGCGGCGGCCACGGUCUUCACCCUGCUGUGCAUCCAACUGGGUGGUGGAGAUGAGGCAGAGGAGGGUUUCAAGAUGCUUCGCCCCAUCCUCACUGCAAUUCUGAUGGACAACAGCGCCAGUAUAGCAGCCCGCCAGAGUUGUGCCAGAGCUUUGGGGAUGUGCUGUUAUGUCUCUACCGCUGAAGAGGGAGAGGACUUGAUCAAGUCAUUGGCCCUUCUGGAGAGCGUGUUCAAGUCUUCCUACCCCAACAGAGAGGGAACGCUGCCCACACCAAAACCCGGCAGUCCAGGCCUUCACAGCGCCGCACUGCAGGCCUGGUCUCUUCUGGUCACCCUCUGUCCUGCAUCUAAACUGACUGUGCUGCUUGACCUCCACCUCCCGAAACUACAGGCGUGUCUGCAGAGCAGUGACGUCAACUACAGGAUAGCAGUGGGAGAGACCAUCGCCCUGCUGGUGGAGCUGGGACGGGACAUAGACGAGGAAUUUGAGGUGGAAGACAGCGAAAGUCUGUGUGAAUGUCUGAAGAGUUUAGCCACAGAUGGCAACAAGCAUCGAGCCAAGAACGACAGGCGGAAACAGCGCUCCAUCUUCAGAGAGGUGCUGCAUUACAUAGAGAACGACGACUUCAGCGAGGAGAGGAUCAGGUUUGGAGUGGAGAGCGUUUAUAUCGACAGCUGGAUGAGGAGAAGAAUCUACGAUGCCUUCAAAGAGAUCCUGGAGUCUGGAGUCAGCCACCAUCUACAGUUCAACCCACUACUGAGGGACAUCUUUGGCCUCGGCCCUCCCCUCAUCCUGGACGCUACCGUCAAAGGCAACAAGAUCUCUCGAUUUGAGAAGCAUCUUUUCAACUCGGCUGCCUUCAAGGCCAGGACUAAACAGAGGAACAAAGUCAGGGACAAACGGGCGGACGUCAUGUGAGAAAAGGACGAGGAUGGAGUGAAUGGACGAGCGUGUGAGGAACUCCUCUGGCUAUUUUGAAAUGAAUGCAAAAUGAUGCCUUCAACACUUCAGCUGUCAGACACACAAAAUCUACAGGGCUUUUUCACUUGUGCUCUUCACCUGCAAACUAAUACUCCAGAUUACAGAUGGCCAGUUAUUCCUGGCUGCCACAGACAAAUGCUUUUCUGAGCUGCAAAAGUUGCUCACAGUAUUUCCCAAAUAUAAGUUCUGAUGCUUCAAAGUGGAUAUCAACCGUAAAACAAUGCUAAACCUCACGUGGGAAUGAAACAACUACAUUACACAGCAGAGUAAAAGAUAUCAAAGUGUAUUUUAUAAAGUUUAUCAUUAAAAAUACAAAAAAAGUAUUGAGUUCCAUUGUAAGACUCAAACAUUUUGAAGCUUUUUGGGACACUUGACAUCUGUGGAAGCCGUCUGUGUUACAAUCACUGCAACCCUCUUUGGUGCUGAUGAGUAUUACUUCUGAUACUCAGCUUGAGCUGCUGCCUGGUGCCUUGACAGGUCAGUCGAGUCUUUUUAAUCCUAAUUAUUGACUUCACUUUCCACAUAAAGCUGCUUUUCUUGGAUAUAAUCAGUCCUGGUUAAUCUCUGAAGUGUAAUGUCCAACCAUCAACUUCUGUGACACAAAGCAAAAAGAGCCAUGGAAAUAUUCAUCCUCCGCUCUACUGUGGACUAAAUAUUCCUCGUUAUUCCUCAGUCGUCGUCUGUCUUCAGCUGCCAAACCAGAAACUGACUUCACAAACAAUGCAACCCUAAGAGAAAAUGUGUGUGGUGUUUGUGUGAGAGUGUGUUUUAAAUGACAUUUUAUUUAACAUCAUGAAAUAAAACACAUAAAGACACAUAAACAUGAAGAUGCCUAAUUAAAAAAAAAUCAGUGAUUGUCAUCUUUGUAUUAAUAUUCUUUAUUAGAGGAAAAAUGCGUUUUAACCAUUUCUGGUGGAUAAUGUAUUUCACCUACUAAUUUAUUAAAAGAGCAGUACUGUGUGAUUUUUAAGAAACUUAAAAAUGCUAAGAACUGUUUACAGAAACAAUAAUGGGAUGACAAGAAAGAAUUUCUAGUUUUUUUUUCAUGUAUAUUUUUAAUGCAGGUUGGUGGUUCAUGCAGUUUAUCCAUGUGCAUGCAUCGCAGAGUGUACAUAGGGAUUUAUGGUAAAGAGUACUUGAAUCAUUGCAUUUGAAUGAUUUUCCUUCUCUUGAGCUGUAAAUACAAACAGGCCACUGACCAGAGCUGCUGAUCAGAAGUUCGAUGGUGUUUGUAAUUGUGGUCAAGUGUUUUGAAUUAUAUUAAAUUUAAAAACAGACUUUAAAGUUGCCUGGGAAUUUCUGUACCUGGUGUAAAAGUCAUCAGCUUUGAAUUGCUGAAUCAGGUUUGACACCCUGGGUGAAAAGCAACAACAGGCCUCUCAAAUAACAGCUUCACCAAACUGUCUCAUCAGUGGCUCUGGUGUUACUGCACAUGGACAGAAGAUGGAUCAAAUGAAAUAAAGACUAUUUAAGCAUG